AUGGAUUUAUUUAAGUCCGCUUUUUCUUGCUUACAGAGCAAUUGUGAUGCGCAUUUACAUGCUGCGGCUACAGAAAUUGAAGCAUUGAAACAGGCCUUACUAGAGAAGCAGAAUCAACUGGUUGCCAUGGAGACUGCCUGUUUGCGCGAAUCAGACCGACAAGUCGAAUUGGAGGAUAGCGUCAUAGCGUGGCAGGAUAAAUAUGACCGUCUCUAUGAAUCGCAUAAACGUGUUCAAAAAGUCAAUCAAAGCUUAGAGGAUAAAUUGCUGAAGUUAGUCGAUCGGAAUACAGCCGAACGAGCACAAUUAACCAGUGACGUGGCAACACUAAGUGUGCGAUUAGCACAGGCCAAUUUCAAUAUAGCAAAAUUGCAAAGAGAAAUC